AUGGCACUCCACGGCGGAGCUGGCACGCUGCAAUGUGAUGCGACGGGCUGGAGGAGCGUCUCCGCGGCUUGUAUGGAGCUGAUCCACGCGCACGAGCGGCGUGUGGGCAAGACUCACGCCUGCUGGGCCCCCGGUGGCUUUGACUGCAUACGAGCUUCUUACGUGCAGCAGAUAGUGACCGCUGGCUCGGAUCUCGAUAGAGGCGUCCAAGCUCCGCUGCUGCUUCAUGCGCUCCACGAGAAACGAUGCCAGGCCUGCUUCACUGACGCUUCCUCCCCGGCCAUGCCCCUUCGGGCGCCCCUAGCACAGAAGCGGCUGGGGGCGUGCCGGCCGUCGCGUCUGCUUCCCAUGUCCACCACUCACGCGCACAGCUCGAUGCUGAUUGAGCGCGCAUCCCGUCGAAUCAAUCACUGCCUUGCCCUCCGCCUGCAGGAAGCCUACGACAGAGUGGAUAAGCGGCCGUAA